AUGCAAGGAGAGGACACAGAUGAAAAUUGCGAAAAUAGACAGCCAGUUUAUGCUGUCUUCUUGCCAGAUGAUGUUCAAAACUCGCCACGCAGUCUCUAUUCUUCGCUGACGGAAGCGGCCAAAUUUGCGAAUUCUCCGGAGUACAAAACAAGAGGUGCACGAUUUCGGCGUUUUGAUAAUUCUAAUGAGGCUAUCAACUUUUUCGACAGCCGACAAGCCUCGUUUCGAGAUAAUUCACCAAGGCUCUCGGGAGCGGAUCCAGCUGUUCCCUUCCAAGCACCGACGAAAAUUCAAAUGAAUCGAUUCAAAAUGACAAUUGAAAAAUUAAAUUUCGAGGACUUUAUGCGAUUUGUCGAUGAAAACCCUCGGUUUUUGGUAAACACUUCCGGUGAUUGUCCAGCUAUAGUUCAGGAAGGCUUUCGCUACAACGUUUUACAUGUGGGGGCCCGAGUCGGUGCUGGAGAGAUAGUUGCCAAAACGCUCCUAUUAACUUCUGACAUUAAAUUUCUGGUACGGCUUUAUGGAACAAAUGACGCCGACGCUUUGAUAAGAAGAGAAAACAUUAUGACCGGAUUUUUAUGCACGCCAGACAAAGGAAACAUUGGAACACCUUUAGUAAUAGCAUUGAAGUUUGGACACACAUCUGUUGUGAAAGCAAUAACGGAGUUCACAAAAUUGCCUGUUUGUGAUGCAAUUCGUCCCAGGCUUAACCUUAACAUUCCGAUGCUAUUGGAUGACUCAAUCUUGUGCUCUCGGUAUACUGGAAAAGAAUCAAAAGAAGACAUUAAAAAGGAGAUCAAGCUUCUUUUCAACAGUCUUUACGUGCCUUUGUAUCGUGCAGCCGAUGGCACUUACCCGGCAAAAGUUUUCCCUCCAACCGAAUUUCCUAGGCCAAUACUCGUGCCUGGAUCUGGCGAUUGUCUACCAGGAGUCUCAGGAACACACCCACAACUGUUGGCGUGUGUUUAUAGACUUACUGCUUAUGCGGGUCCAUUUUUGGGUGAAGAGUCAGCAAAGAAGUUUUACAGAGAAUGGAAUCAAAGCGGGAACAUCAUCAAGAGAAGUGAUAUGGAUAAAGGGUUUGAACGUGUUGGCCGCGACUUGAGCGCAAAAAGUGGUGUUGAUUGGACAGAAUCCUGGUUAUUCCUCGAUGAAAUGUGUAAUGUCACUACUGACUAUGGUUUACAGAUGGUAGAAAAGUAUCUCAGUCAGCUGCGUCUCCAAAAUCUGCCUGAAUUCGACGAUGAAAAUGUAGACCGGAUCCGUAAACGGUUGUUUGACGACGACGACGAAGAUGAACUUGAGGGGGCUGGUGAUUUCCCUGGCACCUCAAUGGCCGAACAAACAACUACUUCAGAAGAUGAAUUUUGUGAUGCGAGCGAUAUCUUUUUCGAAGAUUUGGAACAAAAUCGCGCUGCUGAUGACUCAUUGAUGGGAAUUACCGAAAGAUUAGAUGAAACUGUUCUAAUGGAGGCAGAAUCAAUGGAGCUCGAUGCUUUUCACAUCCAAUCACCUCCAACAAAUUUUUCUGCAGCACAACAAGAGGAUGAUGAAAAGAUGGGAGCGGCAUUUAGUGAUGAUGACUACGAUACACCGCCUCCAAGUCCGCCUCCCGUAUUUCUUCUAGAAGAGCCGACAAAGAUGGACAACGAUUUGUAUAUUGCUUUAUCAACUUUAUCAAAAGAACGACUUGAGCAAUACCCGCAAGUCGCUGCAUUUGUUCGUCAAAUGAGCAAAGUUGAAGAGCGAACACGAACAUGCUGGCCAGGAACGGAUAGCCCAAGGUGUCCUCGCACAAGAAGCAAGCAAAGAUUGAUACAUAAACGUCGAUUAUUA